AGAGGGAAAGAGUGGGGAUUGGGUGAAGAAAAAGGAAUAAUAUAAAGUGUAAGAGAAAAGAGGGAGAAGAGGAAGGGGAAGAAAGAAGCUGAAGGAGAAGACGAAGAAGCAAGCGAUCGCAUGUGGCGGCGUUGGGAACUGCAAGACUCCAUCCGAUGAUCCUCCGGUGAUGAUAAUGGUACUGAGGACAGUCUCAUUGUUGUUUUUUUGUUGGAGUUGAUUCGAUCUGUUGAGCGACGGUUCGUUGGUUUCUUCAGUUGUUGAUGCGAUCGAGUGGUUGUUUGGUUGUGGGUUUGGUUUGAUGUUCUCAGGGGAUCAUGGUGGUUGCAUUGUUUGCUUAACCACACACGUCUUCCACCAUUGCUCUUUUGUCUUCAAGGGGCUGCCUAGCCUGCCUUCCCUUCAACUGCAGCAAUAGUGAAACCUAAUGAAUUGGUUUACAUUGAAAAAGAAUUCUUUCUUUCAAGCUAAGUUCCAUACCCAGAUUUUGCUUCCAUCAGUUGAUGAUGUAGACUCAUGAUAUUAGGUCCUUGUUAUGUUGCUUGAAGUUAUCCGGUUUUCCUAUUGGUUUCCUUAUGAAGAAUGCCUUAUUCCGAAUUAUAGGCUUUCACAACGUGACUUGCUUGUGGCCUUUAAGUUUAGUUUUCUUGUUCUGUUUUAAAGGCACUGAUUUCACAGGUGGCAUACUAUGGGAGUGUUAUCAUGAGCUUCUAUGCUUUUUUCUAAUGAUAGUGGUUGGCUGAAUAACUACUGCUUAUAUUCGGUUGUAAAUAUUGUUUUGGUUGCCGGGCUGGUUCUGAUCUAAACAUUGAAUAUUUCACAGGCUGAGUAAUCCAGAUAUCUUGAAUUCUAUGGAGCUCGUGGUCCUUAACUAUUGCUGAUCGGGGCAACAAUGAGGGGUCCCUACUAAUGAUUCACUUGUGUACUUGCAUUGAGGGGUCAGCCUCUAGUCCUGGACUAAGCAGAAAGCGAGCAGCAACAACAUCUUGCAAGACCUGUGGUGGAAAACAAUUAGUUAAUGGGAGAGGGUCUCCACCUGGUAGCAUGCUGAGUACAGUUGGUUUGGAACUUACUAGCCUUAUCAAUUCUGACUUGACUUGGAAGAAGGCUUCAAAAGGUAGGAGCGCAUCCAGACGGGCUAGGAAACCAGUUGCAAGGUGUUCAAAAGCUGGUGGGGAGCUUGUCAAUAAGGAUCCCAAAAGGGUGGCCAUGCCAGUUUCUGAGUCGGAGAAGCUUGGAGUGAGUGUUCUUGGGUGCCGCUUCAGUGAAAAGGCAGAACACAUACCAAUUAAAAAACGGAGAUUUUUGUUCAGGUCUCCUUCACCACCAUCUAAAAACUCUUCUCCACGGUCUGAGGAGACCACUGAUGAUGCUGCUGCUGCUUCUGGUACUGACUUGGGUAAAAUUGUUGAUACUGAACUUGAUUGUGAUAGGAAGAACUUGGUCAAGGUAAACGAAUUUCCUGGUGCCAAUGAAGAUUUCUCAGGUAUUUCAAUACUUGCAGCUGCUGCAUGCAGUAGCAGCAUGGGAGGAGAAGAUGGUUUUGAGGAGGGGGUUUCCCGAGAUGGAGAAUCUUCUGCACAUGAGGGUCCUCUUGAUGUUUUGGUGAAUAAUGAAUUAUGUUCGUUGUCAAAGGGAUUUCCCAUGGAAGACCUUGUGAGUUCUGCUAAAGUUUCUACUGAAGAAGCUGGUUCCUGUUCUUCCCCAGUGCCCGAAAAAGAACUUGCUGCCUCAUCAAGAACUGAAAAUUCCUUACUAAAAUGUCAGGCACAUGGACAAAACAUGGAGGGCACAUCUUUUCCAGAUAGUCAUGUGACUGUGUCACAAGAUCUUUUAAGAAAUAAGGAUGAUGAAACAGCUAGAACACAUGAGUCUUCCUUGCGAGAUGAUCGAUCACAUUGGGAUUUAAAUACUGCAAUGGAUGCAUGGGAACGUCCUUUUGAGUAUCAAUGUUGCGAUCCUCAGUUUAAUGUUGGAGAUAGCAUCUCUGAAGAUGUUGAUGAUGGUAAGACUAGUGAUAAGAUGGAGAAGUCUGAAGGCUGUGAAUUAGAGAGGGAAUCCGGAGGAACCAAUGGAAAGAUACUGCUGCCAAGUGACUCAAGUGGAUUGGCUCAGACUCAAGAAUUGAAUAUAGAGGAACAUGGAUCUGAUUCAGACUCUGGUAUUAAUGAGUCUAUCUGUUUACAAGAAAAGUUUGUUUCUUCUUCUGAGAUCAUCAAUGCCUCAAAGACUGAUCUACCUCAAGAAUUGGAAUCCUUGCAUAAUCAAGAAAUAAUCAGUCUUGAUGCUGGAUCUGUUGUUUCUGUUCCAGUUGAACAUGAUCAGGGCCUUUCAGUGUGUGCUAAUGUGGAUGAAAAUGCCCCUGUCCAAAGUGUAGCAUUUGGCUCUACUGGGAGUGGUGAGAGUCUAUCUUCACAUCAGCUGGCCAGUUUAGACUCCUGUACUGAUAAUUCUCUCUCCCUGAACUCUAAUAAUCUUACAAGCAUUUGUAUUUCUGAGGGCAACGAUCUUGCAGUAUCCACUGGCAUUGCUAUUGUGAAUGAUAGGAAUGAUUGUGCUGCUAAAACACCAAAAGAUUCAACUAUUCCAUCUAGCUCUCAGGCUGAGAGGCAGGAGGCUGCUCCUCCACAUGUGGCUUUCUCAGAGAAUUCUAUGUAUGAUUCUAUGGAUGUUCAGAAAGAAGAUGCUGAGGAUCCUGGGAGAAAACUCAGUUUAUCUGAGGGUGUGCAUGUCCACAAGGGUAUGAUUAGCUUGGAGACAGGUGAGGUACGAACUGUUGGUGAUAUUUUAGAGAAUGCUGUCUGUAAAUCAGAUGAGGUGAGCUUCUCCCAAUCUUCUCCAACAUGUGCAGAGAUGCCCAGUUCUGAAGCACUUCUUGGAGGUCAACCUGUGGUAGCAGAGGAUGCUAAAGAGCAACAUGGAAAAGUUUCUGUGGAUGGUACUGAUGCAAAUGAUACUCAAGUACAUAUUGACACGAGGGAGCUGACCAAAUGUUCAGGAAAAUCUGCUGAACUUUUAGGUGCAUCCUCUGGUCUUAGCAGUCAUAGUGAGUGCAUAAGUGCUUCCAAUGAUCUUAUGGAUCAUCCUGAUAAGAUGGCUGGCAGUGGCUAUGAUUCUGAUGUUUCUCAAGAUGAUCCUGAUCCUGUAGUUAGGAUUGAAAAGGCAAGUGAGCUUCAGAUGGAUUAUGAUUCUCAGUAUGAAGAUGGAGAACUAAGGGAAUCGAUUGAAUACACUUGGGAAGACCUUGGUGGGGAGGAUGGCGAAGGUGAACAUGUGGAUUAUGGGUCAGAUAACAGAGACAUGGCUGGCUUUGGUGCUUCAGAUUACCAUGUCAUGUUGGUUAAAGUUGAGGGAGCAGAAUGCAAGAGACAGAGAGUUUCUAACAAUAAGAAUUUGGGUUCUGAACCUGAACAAUCUUGUCUUGGAAGCUCAUCGAUGACAAAAGUCGUAGAGGCAGUAUCUGGUAAGGAUGAUGGUGCAAAAUGUAGUUCACCAUGCUUGAGCACACGGUUUUCAGGCAAAGAUGAUAUUGAUCAGUUUGAUGCAAGUGCUGAGGUCAACAAAGAAACUGGUGCCAGACCUGAUAAUGUGAGUGGGGACCAUGAGAUUCAUGUCAUGGAAGCUGAUGCAGAGGAAGCAAGCCAAGAUGAUGAUUUGAAAAUGAAAAUUUCUGGAUGGGAUCUGUUGCCAGAGAAUUGCAAAAGUUCUUCAGAUAUAGCGAUGGAGCUUGGAGAUGGCAGUGGUAGGAAGAAUAUUUCUGGUGAUUCUGUAGAUGGAUUGAAUACUGAAGAUACUGAGACAAGGAUGGUUAAGUCAAGAACAUUCAAGAGGGAGUUGUUGUCACGUAUUGAAGGACCGGUGUCUGGUGAUGUGUUCUUAGGAAAGCAUAGACUAUGCACACAGGGAAGCAGAUCCAAUGAUGCUGAUGAUUCAAAUUCCAGAUCUGAAAGAGAGUCUGGCUCUGUGAAAUCCUUUGGAAGGAGUAGUUACUCUCUGCACAUUCACUCUAGAGGUCGGGGAAGUGAGCAUUGGGCUGAUUAUCCAGAUGGCCACAGGGCCCCAAGACGACAUCAUUCAUCUGGUUAUCGCAGCAUUACUGGGUUUAGUUUCCCAGGGCCAGAAAAUGCUGCAGCCGUGUUCACUAGCAGACAAAGCACGAGUGUUUCAUCACAUGGUGUGCGUCGAGCUCUUAGAAGAAGUGGAUCGCCAGCUGAAGGGGAUGAGGCUUUUGGUAUGCGUCUGGGUCUUAGACCAGCAGGAGAGAUUAGCCCUGAUAGGCAUAUGGGUAUUGGCAGGGAAAGGUCUUUAAGAUAUGGUCCACGGCUUGAUGAUAGAGGCCCUAGGGGAAGGUAUGAUGGGCAUGUGCUUGAUGGCUGCAUUGAAUCUUCCUUGAAUUAUUCACAUCCUUUAGCUAAGAGAGAAAGAAGUUUUUCUCCCAUUGAAAGAAGAGGGGAUCCUUCUGCACGUCAGUCCCACACAAAAUCUCCAUCUAGAUCCAGAAGUCGCUCCCCCAAUACUUGGCAAUCUCCAAGGGGAAGAAAUGGGGCUGGUGUUGUAGGAAAUCCCUGUCUUAGACACCGAAGCAGGUCUCCUAGUUUCCGGUCUGGAGCCCGAGUGCAAAGAAUAAGAUCCCCUCAUCAACGGUCUGGUUUUGCAUCAGAUCAUAUGGUAGGAUUCAUGUCAAUGCCACGAAAUCAUGGUUCCCCACCACAUAAUUCUAGAUGGAUUGGUGAUAGGAAGGAUGGGAUGGUUCACUUUAGGGAGCAUGGUUAAAAGCAACGUUCUUCAGUUUUAGAUAGGAGAUCACCUGGGAGAAUUUGUCCUCGGGGCGAGAGGUUUGAUUUGGGUGAUUCCCGAAAACUGAAGCCGAAUGAAUACUAUAGAUCCAUGCAUUCUGGGAGAUUUUCUGAGAUGGAUGGAGUUGCUAGAGGGCCUAGGUACGAGGGGAGUGAUGAUGAUAGAAAGAAACAUGGCUGUAGAUAUGGGUUGAUGCAACCUGGAAGACGAUAUGAUAUGGAUGGAGCAGUGAAGCGAUUUCGUUGUGACAUUGAAGAUGGUUUUGUAGCUGCACAUAACUUUCGUAAAAGGGAUGGAUCAGAUUUCCAUGCAAGGAGUCCUAAAGAUUACACUAGGGGCAAUGACAGCCGAAUUGGAGAUAUACCAAGGAGAUCUAGGGAAGAGAGAGGUCCAUUUCUAUGUCGACGAGAUGGGAAAUAUAAUGCUGACUCAAAGGCGUUUGGACUGCAUGAAGGUGAUGAGGAUUUAGCUCCUAGAAGGAGAAGACCUUUGUGACCUUCAUACCCAUUGCCCCCUUUUUUGCAUUGGGUGCAUCUGCAGGCAGUCUGAGAAAUGUUGAACCUCAUGAAAUUUUUUCAUUUAUAGCAGGAAACAUUUAAAUCCUGCAGAUCUCCAUAUCAGCAAUCCUUGUUGAAUUUGCAAUUCACUUUUAUCACUAUGAUCUCCUUUUUGGAAUUUUGUUGAGGUCUAGUGUUUGCUUCUCAUAUAAAUAUUACUUUUCUUUCAUUUUAAAUAUUUUUGUAUCCUGGCCUUUUCUGGGUCAUGUAACCCUGGUGGAGGCCAUUGAUGAAACUUUGUCAAGUCAAUGAAAAAGUCAAUUUAUUUUUAUAA